AUGCAUCGUUGUCUUAUUGUUCCAGAGAUCUUGUAUCUCAUCGUGGAUGCAAUCAAAACUCCUUCCGACGAGCUCGACCUGGACACACUUGCCAAGCUUGCAAGGUCAUGUCGGCUGUUCCAUGAUGCGGCCCUCGACUCUCUCUGGCAUACCCAAUGUGGCCUGUCCAAUCUUGUUAAAUGUAUGCCAUCAGAACUAUGGUUUGAGCCGAAGGGCGAAUUGUCGUUCACCAGAACGAUAUUACCUACCGAUUGGAGCCGUUUUGAGUACUAUGCGAGCCGAAUCAGAGUACUGACCUUUACACGUUGGGGAAGAUGUCGUGUGCCGUUUUCCCCAACCACUGGGUCGAAGUCAAAACUUUCAGCGGAUGUUUAUGCUUCGCUCAGUUCACAUGGCUUCCCACAUCCUUUAUUGCCCAACCUCUCCGAUCUCGACUGGUCCGAGGAGAUCGUGGGGCAGGAGAACUUCCGCUUCUGCAGCACGUUCUUGGGACCAAAGCUCAAGUUCCUCUCUUUCGUCACUAACGGACCAGAUCCGGAUUCGGUGUUCGUGUCAGCGCUCUCGCAUCUGCAGCAGCUCUCAUCCCCGCUCCAUACUCUCCAUCUAUAUUUCCGACAGCCUUCCCACAGUUUCUCCAUUCUUCUUGCAGUACUGCGCGACUUCCGCGCUCUGCAUACUCUCUCAUACAAAUCCAGCACCUCCAUCUCCUUCGAUCUAAUCUCGCUCCUGAGUUCCAUGCCACAGCUUCAGGAUCUUCAACUCCAGUUUGACGGUAUCGUUGACUCGGCGUCCGCAGAUCCUCCACCUAUUUGUAUGUUCCCGGCUCUCAAAAAGUUGUCUCUACGGACGAGGACGAUCUCGACUUGUGCUGCUAUCGUCGCAGCGUUGCAGCUCGAUGCCAUCGAGGGCCUCAACGUUCAGGUAUCCCGCGCACCGUCCGCCUGCGGAUUCUUGCAAAUGCUGAGCAAUCACUUCUCCCAACAUUCCCUAAGGCAGUUGAUCGUUUACAGUCUCUGCCCGGAGUUAGAAGAAGAAAUCACGGAUGGGGUGAUAACCAGCGAUUGUCUGCAGUCACUGUGCGCGUUUCGGAAUCUGGAAUACUUGACUAUCGCCACGGAGUGUCACCUUGAUCUGAACGAUACGACAUUGCUGGACAUGGCGUCCGCCUGGCCGCGUCUGAUGGAGUUGGACCUGGUGCUGAGCACGGAUGAUACCAGGUGGGAGCAGCUCGCCUUCGUUAGCCUCGACGGAGUGAUCGAGCUGGUGAAGCAGGGCCUCCUGCUGGACUCCUUAGGCGUCCCCAUGCGAAUGCCUAUCGUCGAUGGAUUCUCGGAGUUGCGUCCAGGCGGCGGCUAUACGUACUCGCAGCUCGCCACGCUCACCUUCGGCGGUCGCUGCGUAGCCCCUCCUGUGCAAGCCGCCGCUUUCCUGUCCGACGUUUUUCCCAAUUUGAGGCACGUCUCCGGGUACCACAGGUUCAGCAACCCCUGGCACACUAUCCAGGACUUGCUCCCCAGCUUCUCUUCCAUUCGGAUGCAGGAGAGGCGUUCGUUCGCGUUACUGCUGGAUGGACCCGGACCUGCGUAA